AUGCGAUAUACGACCAGCAAGCGGCUCAUUUCACAUGGCAGUAAACCAAAAAAGGAGGCCGGUAGUCUACGUUUGGCAACAUGGGAGCUUUGUCUAGUCAUGCCAUCUGUACGGUCGAUCAAGUCACCAAGUGGGGGCCACCAGAAGCUUGAAGAAAGUAUCAUGUCGCGUUGGGAAUUUGGCAGGCCGCAAUCGUGUCAGGAGCUGGUUGUGAAGGUCGCCGAUGGAACAGCGCAGCAGGCUUCUGACAGUUGUCUCCCUGCGGAAUUUUAG